AUGGAGGGUUUUAAUUACUCUUUAGAAGGAAAAGAAGGGUUUUAGGCAUUUUCAGCUGCUGUCCCUGUAUUUCCCUCUUCUUCUCUUUCUCUGUCUUCAUGGCCUCUGCUCUGCUACUUUCACAGUCACAGUCCAACUUGUGAAAGACCUACCAAAGGACUUGCCCCUCCAAGACCCAGAAAUUUACCUUCUUUGCCACCCCAGAAUACCAACAACAUAAACAGCAAGCAAAAACGGCUCCUUGUGUAGUAAACAACACUAGCGGCAAGCUAGCCAGACUUGCGGACUUCAUGGCUGCUAUGGGGGUUGUUUCUACUUCCCAAACUGCUGCUACUACUACCCCUUUGGGUAGACCAUUUUGCCCUUCCUCUUCUUGGUUUUCCCGGUCUUGUCCUUGGCCUUCUUCUUCUUCUUCGUCUUCUAAGCACUUCUUUUUGGCUUCUAGAGCCUGGCACAGGCGAGAAAUGUGCACAAUGCAGAGUGUUCAAUGUGCUUUUCUUAAUGCAACCAUGUCAACUAGUUCCAGCCAUUGCUAUCAUCCCAAAGAUAUGAGACUUAAGGUAGCUGCUUCUAAAUAUGCUAGGAUGGUCCACCCUGACCCGGAUCAGUAUUUUUCUGAUAAGAAGUGCAAAGGAGUGACUGUGGACCAGAGAAACAAUGAAAGCCCAGCAAGUUUUCAAAAGUCUAGGGUGACAUCAUUUCGAGCUAAUGCUUUUACCUUUACUCCAAAAAAAACUAGCAUUCCCAGCACUGAGCGUUCAUGGGAGAAAGAAGCUCGCAGGAUAAAGGAAUAUAAGGAGAUGUCAAAAGAGAGCUUUAAAGGUAGUAGUUCUUCUUCCAGUGACCAACACAACUUGAAUCUGAAGCUUACUGGCUCAUUAUUUAAAACAAAUAAUAAAGAAGAAUUAGUUUCUAGAAAUAGUGGAAAAAAUAAAUCUCUUUCUGAGAGUUGUUGUCCACCCCAGCCAACCAGUAAUAAACAAAUGUCCAGAUUCAACAAUAUAGCUACUGGUGGAAUAAAUGGUUCCAAGCAGCUAAAAGGUUCAAGUUCGACUGAAGUUUUAAGUAAUGGAUCGUUGCCGGGGCUGGUCUUGGAUGACAAUAAAGAUAUCGGAAACAGUGGAGAUAGUAAUUUUCUGUCUGAGAGCCAUUGUCCAGAUCAUCCAACUAACAAUAAACAAAUUUCUAGAGCCAAAAAUAUAUCUGCCAAUAGAAUAAAUGGUUCAAAGCAGUUAAAAGGUUCAACUAAAACAGAAGUUUCAAGUAAUGGCUUGUUGAAAGGAACGGCUUCAGAUGCCAACCAAGACACAGGACAUACGAAUCCUAAUGUAACCAGAAGGGACCGUGCCAAUGAAAGUGGGGUUGCCAGCACUGAAGAAGAUAAUGUAGUUUCUCAAGAAGAUAUCAGCAAGCGGCUUGCUAGGAUUUAUGACCAGGUUCUUGUUGUAGAUAAUGUCUCUGUUGCAAGGGAAGUUGUUAAGAUGCUUACAACUCAAUACAGUCAUCUUGUUCAUGCAUGUGAUACUGAGGUGUCUAAGAUUGAUGUGAAGCAAGAGACUCCUGUUGAUCAUGGUGAGAUAACAUGUUUCAGUAUUUAUUCUGGAGAAAAUGCAGAUUUUGGAAAUGGGAAGACCUGUAUCUGGGUAGAUGUUCAGGAUGGUGGUGGCAGGGCUCUUCUAAAGGAAUUUGAGCUGUUUUUCAAAGAUCAGUCUAUCAAAAAGGUGUGGCACAAUUAUAGCUUUGAUAAUCAUGUCAUUAGGAACUAUGGGUUUGAGGUUUCUGGAUUUCAUGCUGACACAAUGCAUAUGGCACGGUUGUGGGACUCAUCAAGACGAACAGCAGGUGGUUAUUCGCUUGAAGCGCUUACAGGUGAUAAAAAUGUUAUGAACAGGACUAAAUGGCGCAAAGAAGAAAAUGAAUUAAUUGGUAAAAUAUCAAUGAAAACCAUUUUUGGCAAGAAAAAAUUGAAAAAAGAUGGAUCUGAGGGAAAAAUGAUCACCAUUGCUCCUGUUGAAGAGCUACAGCGGGAAGAACGCAAAUUAUGGAUUUCUUAUUCUGCCUUAGAUGCAAUAAGCACACUGAGACUUUAUGAGAGCUUGAAAAGCAAACUAUCAAGCAUGUCUUGGGUAUUUGAUGGUAAACCUGUUUCUGGGAAGUCCAUGUACCACUUCUACAAAGAGUACUGGCAACCAUUUGGUGAGCUUCUUGUUAACCUGGAACAUGAGGGUAUGUUGGUUGAUCGAAUUUAUCUUGCUCAGUUAGAGAAGGUGGCUAAAGCAGAGCAAGAAAUUGCUGCUAAUAGGUUUCGCACCUGGGCAUCUAGAUAUUGUGAUGAUGCCAAAUAUAUGAAUGUGGGAAGUGAUACUCAGCUCCGCCAGCUACUUUAUGGUGGCAUUGUUAACAGUAAGGAUCCAAAUGAGAGUCUACCUGUUGAGAAAACUUUCAAAGUUCCCAAUGUUGAUAAAGUGAUUGAAGAAGGCAAAAAGGUUCCCACUAAGUUUCGCAGUAUUAAGCUGCAUAGCCUAGGUGUUGAGCUCCCUGCUGAGAUGUACACUGCCACUGGUUGGCCCUCAGUUAGUGGUGAUGCUUUGAAGACGUUAGCUGGGAAGGUUUCUGCAGAAUAUGAUUUCACAGAUGAUACUAAUGAUGGUGAUAUCAACAAUUGUCCUGAAAUGGUGACUGAUGUUGAUACAUCUGCGUACGGAACCGCUUUUGCAGCAUUUGGGGAUGAGGAAAAAGGAAGGGAGGCAUGCCAUGCAAUUGCUUCAUUAUGUGAAGUUUGCUCUAUUGACUCUCUAAUAUCCAAUUUCAUUCUCCCCUUGCAGGGGAGUAAUGUAUCAGGCAAGAGUGGGCGUGUUCAUUGUUCUUUGAAUAUCAAUACGGAAACCGGGCGCUUAUCUGCCAGGAGACCAAAUUUGCAGAAUCAACCUGCACUAGAGAAGGACCGCUAUAAGAUACGUCAGGCCUUUGUAGCUGCCCCUGGAAAUUCCCUCAUUGUUGCAGAUUAUGGGCAGUUGGAACUUAGGAUUCUUGCCCAUUUGGCUGACUGUAAAAGCAUGUUGGAUGCCUUCAAAGCUGGUGGAGAUUUCCAUUCAAGGACUGCAAUGAACAUGUACUCUCAUAUCCGUGAAGCUGUUGAAAAGAGGCAAGUUCUUCUUGAGUGGCAUCCUCAACCCGGUGAAGAGAAACCACCAGUUCCACUUUUAAAGGAUGCCUUUGCUUCUGAAAGAAGAAAAGCUAAAAUGCUCAACUUUUCCAUUGCUUAUGGGAAAACUCCUGUGGGGCUUGCUAAGGAUUGGAAGGUUUCAGUAGAAGAAGCAAAGAACACAGUUGAUCUCUGGUAUAAAGAAAGACAAGAAGUGCUCGAGUGGCAGAAACAGCGUAAAUAUGAAGCUCAGAAACUCAGGCGUGUUAAAACAUUGCUUGGAAGGGCUCGUCUCUUCCCAUCAUAUGCUCAUGCUACACGUGCUCAAAAAGGUCAUAUUGAACGGGCUGCUAUCAAUACUCCAGUGCAGGGCAGUGCUGCUGAUGUUGCAAUGUGCGCCAUGUUACAAAUAUCAAAGAAUGAACGUCUAAAGGAGCUUGGGUGGAGGCUUCUUUUACAGGUUCAUGAUGAAGUAAUCUUGGAAGGACCAAGUGAGUCAGCUGAGACUGCAAAGGCAAUUGUUGUUGAGUGCAUGUCAAAACCCUUUGAAGAAGGAAAGAACAUUCUUAAAGUUGACCUAGCUGUUGAUGCCAAGUGUGCUCAAAAUUGGUAUGCUGCCAAAUAGAUAGUGGCUCUGGCUCAGACAGAUGUAAAUUUUGGCUUCAAACAGUGUGUUGCAAGAUGCUUUUUGCCCCUUGAAGAGUGAUAUUGGAGCUCAGAUCAUCCUCAUUUUCUUUGCCACUGCAGUACUUUAAUAUCUAAGGACUUUUACUUACGGAAGCAUGAGUUGAUGUGGCAUUUCCUGUUCUGUUCAGUGAUGUGGCCCUCGGGGUUUUUGUGGAUGGAAGCAUGCUUUCAGGCUUUAGUUGCAUUGUUUUGAGGGCAUAAGAGUGCAGCACCAUGUGUAUAGAAAAUUUAUUGUUCUCAUUAGUUAGUUCCCUGUAAAAUUCUGACAAUGCUAAUUCUUUUUUCUUCCAAGUGAGAAAUGAAGGUAAAGUUUGAUUGUGUU